UACACAAGGAUCUCGCCGUCCAAGUAACGCAGUCUCUCUUUCACAAUCUCUAACGUCUUUGCGCAUCUCUCUCCAAUUUGAAGUAAUAAUAAAUGAUUUUACACACAACAUUGUCCAAAACGAAACACGAAUGUGCUCGAUAUGCGAUGAGAAUUCUGGAACGGAAAGAUGCUUGUGGCCUCAGUCCGUUCCAAAGUCUACUCUUUAUCCACACCUACACUUUAUGUCGAGCAAACCCGUCUCUAACAAACGCUCUAACAUGUCCUCUCUGUACGAUCUAGACCUUGGUUGGCCCUCAACAAAAAUUCACGUCCAAACUAUUGCGGACCGGUGCACGAAACAUAUUUGCAAGCUCUGGCUUCAUCGUGAUGGCAAGUUUGAAAUUGGAAACCAGGUCGUGCAGGGAGAGACUGCUGGAGAGAUUCCUGAUCGUAAUCGUCAUAAACGCGGCCUUAAGCCAAUCACAGCUGUGAAUAACCGUAGUGGCCUUUUUCAAAGGUCCACCAACUUUUUGAAUGUGUCGGUAGUGUUUCUGGGCACGUUUGCAGUCGCAUCGGCCCCGCGAAGAAGAGCUCGAUCACCUUCAGUGGCUAUCCUGAACGAUCGGGUCCCGCCUUGGACGAUCACAAGCGUGUCUGUUGUAGCCUGGACUUGCCGUACUCUCCGGAGUAUGGUGGGUCUGUCAGAUAGUCCUGAAAUAACGCUUGAGGAAUUGACGGAAAAAGGAAUUGACGGAAAAGGCAUUGGCAUUGGUGCCAUUCCUGAAGGCUUGCCGGAAGGCUUGCUGGAAGGAUUGGCGGUGUAGGUUCCAGCUUCGAGCUGGGACUGAGGCUGUGGUGGACAUGGAGGUUGAAAUGUGCUUUGUGCCUUUUCUCAACCUCCUUCUUUCUCGUUUAUUGUCAAACUAAUGGACGAGAGAACUGCCAAUGCCUUCUUCUUUUUUUUCAGCUGACACUUUUUUGACCUUUGUUAAUUUUCUUACAUUCUUUGAAAUAAUAAAGAGCUCUU